GGCAGCUUUAAGUGGAGGGUGGAUUUUUUUUUUCUCAGUUUGCCUUGUGUUUUCCAUCCAGAAGAAUGUUGUGGCUCCUCUUUUUCCUGGUGACUGCUAUUCAUGCUGAACUCUGUCAACCAGAUGCAGAAAAUGCCUUUAAAGUGAGACUUAGUAUCAGAACAGCUCUUGGAGAUAAAGCAUAUGUCUGGGAUACAAAUGAAGAAUAUCUCUUCAGAGCAAUGGUGGCUUUCUCCAUGAGAAAAGUUCCCAACAGAGAAACAACAGAAAUUUCCCAUGUCCUACUUUGCAAUGUUACACGAAGGGUGUCAUUCUGGUUUGUGGUUACAGACCCUUCAAAAAAUCAUACUCUUCCUGCUGUUGAAGUACAGUCAGCCAUCAGAAUGAAUAGGAACCGGAUCAACAGUGCCUUCUUUUUGAAUGACCAGACUCUGGAAUUUUUAAAAAUUCCUUCUACUCUUGCACCACCCACUGACCCUGCUGUUCCCAUCUGGAUUAUUAUAUUUGGUGUGAUAUUUUGUAUCGUCAUAGUUGCAAUUACACUACUGGUUUUAUCGGGGAUCCGGCAACGAAGAAGGAAGAACAAAGGACCAUCUGAAGUGGAUGAUGCAGAAGAUAAGUGUGAAAACACAAUCACAAUUGAAAAUGGCAUCCCCUGCGAUCCCCUGGACUCAAAGGGAGGGCACAUUAAUGAUGUUUUUGUGACAGAGGAUGAACGGCUCACCCCUCUCUGAAGGUCUGCUGUUCUGCUUCCUCAAGAAAUUUAAUGCUUGUUUCUUUGUGACUGUUAAGCAUCUUAAAAUACCAAGGACAGAUUAUAUAUUUUAUUAUGUCAUUCUUCUUUUGUAAGAAAUUUUGAAUGUAUUUGAAAGUGAUGGGUAAAUCAGUUUUACCCAUGGAGACUACUGAAAUCAUAAGGUGGUAACUAUUCAAAAUAUUCUAAAAUAUUGUUUUGACAACAGUGUGUAGGUGCAUUCAUGUGGUAUUAUAGUUACUCAUUUAAGCAUUUCUAAAAGUCAGAAAUAUACAUGUGUGUAUAUAUAUAUAUAUGUAUAUAUAUGUAUGUGUAUAUAUAUAUAUAUAUUUCACACUUUAAGACCUGAGGAAAAAUAAUUUUACAGUGGAUAAUACCUGUAACAUGGUAUAUUAAUCACUGAAAAUGGAUCCUUUUUAAUAUUUUUAUAUCACUCUGUAUAUGACUAAGCAAAAGUAAAAAGUAAUUAUUAUAAACAGAUUGGAUAAAAAUGGGAAUAUUGAUUCACAGGAUGGAGAUUUUCCUGUCAUACCAACAGGAUAUAUUGCUUAUAUAUUUUCUGAAUAUCAGUCUCCAAUAGGAGAAUUCUAUUUGUUGACUAUUUCUACAAUAUGUAAAAGUCCAAUCUAUGCUAAUUUAAUAAAGCACUAAU